GGCAGCGCCUACAACACCGCUACAACAAACAACCUCUAAACUCUACACAUUACAGCCUUGCCAAAACCACCACUAGCCUAUCGCUACCAUUGUUCCUGAUAUAAAUAUAUACUACAACACUAACGGCAUAAAAUCCCAUCAUAAUGGUCUACACGAUUGUCGUCCACCUCUACGCCAAAGAAGGCGAGGACAACAUUGCCCGCCUCCACGCCAAGCUCAUCGAGGCCAGCCGCAUCUACUCGCAGGACAAGGAGACCAUUUCCUGGUUUGUUAUGCAAGACACUAAAGACCCGCGAGCAUUUACUAUUGUCGAGAGAUAUGAGAAAGAAAGCAGUCAAGAGUAUCACCUUAACAACCCGUACUGGAAGACAUUCGAUCCAUAUGUGAUUCCCCUGCUGGAGAAGCCCAUGGACUUGCGACGAUUUGAAGAAUUGGACACAAGCAAGGCCGUCGAGGUGCCCAAGUAGAGUGAACCAUGGAAAAUACCCCUCAACAGAGCAGCUUUUGAUACGGUGUGGGAAGCUACGAUAAGGUUGACCAGGAACAUAAACAAUCUGAUUAUACACUACGGCAUCAAUUACGCUUAUAAAAAUCUCAAUUAAAAGCUACAAUCUAAUUCAAAAUAUAUACAUUGCAUUUUUAUUACU